CACGCGGUCGCUCGUGUUUGCGCAUGCGCGAACUCCUCGCUUGUUUGUGUGAUGGUCGGAAAUCUCACCGCUGCGUUCCUGCGAUUAAUAAAACAACACGGAUAUCAGACUGGAUUAAACAAAGGGAAAGAGGUGAAGAAGUGUGAACCCUGCCAGAGUGACAUGACCUGAAUCAGAUCUUUUACCCCCCCCCCCGCGAGGGAAGGUCUGAUCUGAGCAGGGAGGCGGCCCGGAUGCUAGUCAGGAUUCCUCUCGGAGAUUUUGGAGAAAAAUCAAGCAAAAUAAGAUUCAUGGUUGAGGAAAAGAUUUCCAAAAACAGUAGUUUGGUAGGAUUAUCUCCUGAUUACUUGGAGCUUCAGCUUCAAACAGGAUCUGUGUAAUGGCUGACUGAGUGUGAGUGCAGUAGGUGUGUGUGUGUGUGUGUGUGUGUGUGUGUGUGUGUGUGUGUGUGUGUGUACGUGCUGAGCAGAAUGUUGCCGGGUGUGGGUGUGUUCGGAACGGGGCGGACCGUACGCUCCCUGGUGCCCUUACUGCAGGAGGAAGGGUUUCCGGUUCAGGCCGUCUGGGGCCGGACGCAGGAGGAAGCUGAACGUCUGGCUAACGAGCUCAACAUCCCCUUCUCUACCAGCCAAUCGGACGACGUCCUGCUGCGGCAGGAAGUCCACCUGGUGUGCAUUCUGACGCCGCCACCGUACACACGCCAGAUCGCUGUGAAAGCGUUGGGGAUCGGGAAGAACGUGAUCAGCGAGCAGGCUGCUACGCUGACGGACGCGUGCACGAUGGUGACGGCGGCGCGGUAUUACCCGCAGCUGAUGAGCAUCAUGAACAACGCGCUGCGCUUUCUGCCCGCCUUCAUCCUGAUGAAGCGGCUGCUGGCGGAGGGGUACUGCGGCACGCUGCAGGUGUGUGAAGCGCGUGUGUACGGCGGCUCGUUGCUGAGCCAGUCGUACGGCUGGGCGUGGGAGGAGCUGAUGGGCGGCGGCGGCCUGCACACAAUCGGCUCUCGCAUCAUCGACCUCCUGAGCUACCUGACGGGGGGGCGGGCCGUCCGCGUGCACGGAAUGCUCAGGACCUUCGUGCGUCACGGCGGUUCGGGCGCCGGGAUUCGCUCCGUCACGGCCGACGACUACGCCUGCUUUCAGCUGCUCAUGGCAGGGGGCGUGGUCUGCAACGUGACGUUGAACUUUAACCUCCCGGGCGCUGACCUUCAGGAGGUCAUGCUGGUGGGAUCGUCCGGGAGACUGGUGGUCAGGAGCACUGAGCUGUACGGACAGCGCGACACCACCAAGGGGGAGGAGCUUCUUCUGAGAGACGCCGACUUGGGGGCGGGGCCUGUGGUCACGGGACUGAAAGCGAUGGUGACUCAGCUCCGCCUGUCCUUCCAGGCGCAGGAGGACCGGCGUUCGUGGGCACGGAAUCCCGUCGCCAUGGCGGCUACCUUCGAGGACGGGCUGUACGUCCAGACGGUUGUGGACGCCAUCAAGAGGUCAAAUCGCAGCGGAGAGUGGGAGAGCGUGGACGUCAGAACCGAGGACGUAGAUCCGAAUCAGAACCAUAGAACCGCUCCGAACUGACUCGGCGAACAGCACCGCGGUGUUUGUUGACUCUGCUGACACGGCGCUCUGUUUUAGGUUCAACACUGCGUACUGAGGCAUAAAGCGCUUUCUACUGCAUACACCGCAAACGUUAUUCAUUACACGACCCACGGUGCAGUGCUCCUGCUGUAAACACGUUACACUUCACUCCAACCUAGAGCCGGGUGAUGCGACAAAAAUAUCAUAUCGCUCAUACGUUUCUACGAUAAAUAAUUCAGCUAACAAACGGCCGAGUUUGACGAUACUUUUCUUUAACGCCUACAAAGAUGAUUAAAGGCUUCCGUUUCAUUUAUAAUUAUUAAAAACUUUUUUUUAAAAACACAUCACCGUACUGACGAUAUCUCGAUUAAAAAAAAUUAUCACGUAAUCAUUUAUCACGAUACCAAUAUUAUAUCGAUAUAUCGCCCAGCCCUACUUCUACCUCUGCUGUCGCUCCGAGCACGUUGUUCCUGAUCUCAUCAUACACUACGACUACCGCGCACACCCAAACACACACAAGACAGCAUUCUGUGUUUAGAUUCGUGAUAAAUACUGACAACCUGAGAGAAAAGUCCUUCUCAGACAUGUCUUUCUAAGAAAGAAGAAAAUUCAGGGAUUUGUUCUUUUUUGUUUGUUUGUUUUAGUUUGUCACAUAAACAUAAACAAGGAUGUGCAAAGAUUUAUCGUAAUAUAUUUUUCCUUUAAUUUUCACCACCAGAUUUUGUAAACUUUUUGCCUUUGUUAUAAAAUGUCCUUGAAUUUCAGAAAGGUGCUCUAUAGGUUGAAAUUAUUAUUAUUAUUAUUAUUAAUAUUAUUAUUACUGUUAUGCCCGCUGAGGGAACUUACUUAUAGGUUAAUACAUAUACAGAUAUACACAUCAUUAAAAUGUUUAUUUAAUAACUGUACUACACUUUUUUUUUUUUUUUUUUACUUUUAUCUGAGCGCUUGAGGGAAAUUCUGACCUUUCAGACAGGAAGUAGAAAGUGCAGUCUGUUGUGUGAAAAGCUCUUAAAGCUGAUUCUCGUUUAAAGUUAAACCAUUUUUAUACGGACUGAAGAAACACUGGAGUUACGACACUGGAAAACAGAGCGAGCGAGCGUGUGUGUGUGUGUUCACCUUUACUCUUUUAAGCUACACAACUAGGUGUUUAGCUGUGAAAUAUUUUAAUGUGGUAUUUUAUUUAAACGGACGUGUUAAGCCGUGUUCGUGCAGGAUUUAUCCAGAAUGUUUAGUGAACUGAACAGCGGCGUUAACUCCGUCCGCGUGGCCCGGAGGAGUAACUCUGGAGUCGAGUUCGAUGCUCUGAUUUUCACGUGUCGGACGGUGACGUGACGCUUGCUACGAGUCGUCGUCUGCUGUUUGUGUUUUUAAAACUAAUGUGUCUAAAAUAAAACCGCAGUUUUUUCCGACAUGUAUUUAUUGUCUAAAACUCUGUAUGUGUGUGUGAGAGAGAUAAACAGUGUUCCUUUAAGGUUUAAUAAAAAAUACUUCACAAUCGA